UGCUGCGCUGUUUUAUAGAAAAUUACUUGGAAUUUGUACAAAAUAUCCAUUUGAAAAUUAUACAAAUAAUUGUAUAAAGAUGUUGUGCAUUGUGUAAAAUAUAAAAAGUGUAACUGGAUGUAUGAUUUGGGCUGGAAAUUUGCAUUUUCAAUGUUCGGUGUAUUGAAGUCGAGAAGUUUUUGCCAAUGAGAAAUUUUUUCUAAGGAAGGCAACGAAAAAGACAACGAUUGAGCGUGUGAGUGAGUAGAUCAAAGACGAGCUCAGUGGCGUCGAACAAAGCAGCGCCAUUUGACGCUGACCGAACGGAAUAUAAGCAGUAGCAAAAAAUUAGUUUUAAAAAUAAUAACAAAAAUAUUGAGGAAGGUAUCGCUAAACGCUGUGCGGGCGUGUGUUUGUACGCGAAAAAUUUAGUUGAUCGGUUGUCGGGAAGCGUGGUGGUAGUGGAGAACAUAAAUUGCAUGAAAGAUGGCGUCGUCGAUGAUAGCUGCAGCAGCAGUUGCGGCGUCGACAUCGGCGUCAUCAGCUGCAACGGGCGAAAUGAAAAGAGAAGAAGAAGAAGACGAUGGUUGCAACGAAGAGGGAGAAGAGGAAGCGUUUAAUACCACACUACGUUCCUGUGCCAAUGAUCCAGAUUUUGCGGUAAUAUGUGCAUUCCUGCAAAAGUUCGCCAAGGAUUUGGGCAUACCGUUACCCAAUUUCAAGCAUUUGCAAGAGUGGCUUACAAAUACAGAUGAAGUCAUCGAUCAAUUGCGUGAUCUACACAUAAAACUUUUGCGUAAAACGCGCAAAACCGUGCACGAGAAAAGUUGGGAAUCAGCGCUAAGUAAGUUUUGUUUCUCAUAUUCCGCGCAGGAUGCAUGGGAGGUAGAACGUUUUGGCUACAAAAAGUCAAGUUUAAAAGUAAAACUAAGAAUUUUCAGGGAAUUGCUUGAAAGUCAAUUUCAACGCAAUGGCAAGUUUCGUGCUCAAAUACUUACAAUGAGUGCAGAUUCCUUACGUUCGCAACCGAUAGGGCGUGAUCGUCUUGGACACACUUACUAUUUUACACAAGAUUCUGAUGGCAAUUUGCGCGUAUAUCAGGAACAUCUAGACGAGGAAAUUUGGCAAGUGGUCGCUACGACACGUGAAGAAUUAGUUAAUCUCAUAUCACGACUGCGUGGCAAUGAAGUGGUGUUGCCCUCUACAGAUAUUGGAGUUGAUGAAGACACCAGUAGUAGUAACAGUUGCACAGCUCAAGUGGAAAAACCACCGCCGCCAGAGGAACAAGAUGACUCACAGGAGGAAGAAGCGCGUAUACCAAAUUUGCGCAUAAAAUUAUCAAAUAACGGUAAAUUAGCUGUAUCGUCACCAAAUACCACAACUCAAAUAACAUCGCAAGCAGCAAAACGUUGUCUGGAUGAUGUCGAAAAAAGUUCACCACGAAGUGAAGAAUUAAAUAUCAUAAAGAAAGCGCGUCCUUCACUUUUGGACGUGAAUCGCGCUAAAAAGCCCAGUCGUUAUGAGAACACUAUAUCCGAGGAAGAGGAAGAGGGUGAGGAAGGUGAUGAAGAUGAGGACGACGUUGAUGAAGAGGAGCUAUCCAUUGAAGAAGAGGAUAUAGACAGUGCAGCUGCCGAAGAGGAUGAAAAUGAGGAGAAAGAAAUAGAAGACUCAGAUGGUGACUCUGAUGAAGAGUUGAAUGAUGUUGGUGAAGCCAUUGAAGAACCCACCCUUAUAGUAAGCGGUGAGGGUGCUGGCGAAGAUUGCGAAGGGGUGUACACAAAUAAGCAAUUUUCUCUAAACACAAUAUUUUUCGGCGACUACGACGAAGUUUGCGAGGUACCAUAUACAGAUCCAAUCGUGGGAGAAGUGGUUGAAGAAGCAACGUUUUACGUACACGGUGAAGGAACUGGUGCUGAGUGCUUAGUUGGUAAUGGCAAAAAUGAUGUUGAGACUGCAGCAGCAACAACAACAACAACCACACCGACGACACCCACAAAAACAAACGAACCGAAGGCAACAUUUUUCUUUGGUGAACCUGGUUGCCUUAAACUCAGUCCGAUGAAACAGCAACAAGCAAAAGAUGAAGGAAAUAAUAUGGAUGGUGAUGAUGGUGGAAAUUCACAGGUUGUUGACAAAGCAAGUGAAAUAUUUAAAAAUGCGACGAAUGAGAAAGAUGAAGAAUGUGUUGAAGCUGAAAAAGACGCCGAAAAAAAAUUAAAAGAAACAAGUGAUCUUGUUCUUGCAAAAGAAAAAAGUGAACAAGCAAAUAAUAUAGAUUUAAAGAAAGAAGGGGAUCUAGAUUUAAAGAAAGAAGGGGCUCUAGAUAUAAAGAAAGAAAAGGAUCUAGAUUCAAAAAAUGAAGGGGAAAUUAGUUCCAAGGACAAGGAAGCGCAUGAAAACAAAGAUUUAGAGGAAAAAGUGACUGCUAACGGUGGCGAUGUUGAAAGUGGUACCAAUCCUGUAGAAAAAGAUAAAAGUGGAGAACUGAAAAAUUGUGCUAAAAUUUUUGAAGAAGAAGUGAACGAACGGAAAGAAAAUGUGACGAAUAAUGAUGAUUCAAAAAGUAGUGACGAGUCAGUAGAAAAGCUGUCAGUUAGUAAAGGCGAGCAUACUGAAAAUAGUUUAAACGAUAAUAAAGCUGAGGAUCAAAAUAAAGCGGACACAGAAAACGGUGUUGAAGCUGCUGGGAAGCAGCAGACUUUAGAAGAAAAUAAUUUAACCGAGAAACCGGAUGUAAACAGAGACGUCAAAGUUAAACCAAGUGAAGAACUUAUACAAAGUGAAACUACCAUUACGACUAGUGUUAAUGAGCCCAAAGCGCCUGAAAUUCUUAGCAAUGACGAAGAUAACGAUAUCAUACUACCAAAGUCCACAAAAACAGCGCAAGAUAUCGAAAUUGAAAAGACAGAGGAAAAUCCAGUUACCGAGCAAGUAGAUACUAAAGUUAACGCUAAUACUGAGUUAACAAUAGAAAAUAAGAGUUGUAAACCAAAAGAAACCUUUGAAAUCGAACCAAUAAAAAUUGAAAAGCCACCUCAUGAAUUACUCGCUGAGCCGGUAACAAAAAGUAACGAGCAUACCGAAGAGAAAACCUUGCCAAUAAUAAAUAAUAGCAGCGAAAGCUCAAAAACUGAUUUGAAAAAUGUCAAACCUAGCACAUUAACCGUUACACAAUCAGUAAGCAAUGAGGUCACUAAUGCCGUGUCGGUCACGAAUAUCGUCUCGGUCACUAACACUUGUGCCAGCACAACCGCCGCCGCUACACCGCCUACUAUCAUCAAUCGCAAACGACGACUUGAGGAUAUGCCAGCACCUGCGACACACCGUUUAUCGACAUCAGAGAGUGAGGUGGAUAUACAUUCAGAGCAACCGGAAGAACUUGCUACCGAAGAUGAUCUCGAUCCAGCAGAUGUAGGUGGUAAGCGCAUAAAAAUGCGUCCAAAAAUAACAAACGCCGAUCUGCGCAAAAAGGUGGAGGCACAAAAAGGACGUGUUGAGGAGACAACCUCUUCGAGUGGUGAAGAGGAAGCGCGUCGUAGGCGUAAAAUCAUAACGCCACGCCGGCAAAUUGAACGCUGUGUGAAAAAUCUGAAAGUAGCACAAGAAGCGGCCGCUAAGCGUGAGUGUAGUCAAGCGCAAGCAGCAAAGCAGACAGAAACUACCAUUUCGGCGACUGAAGAGAAGACUGUGGCGCUGAACUUGACAAGUCCAACAACAACUUUAGCAUUUCCGCCAGCUUUUCCCGCUGUUGCAACGACAGUUUUACCUUUGGUAAGCGCAGCAAAACCGUUGGUACCAUCAAUGUCAUCACCAGCGCCAACAUUACCGCUAACACCGGUGCAUGCAACACCAACAACCACAACGGGCCGACAGAAGCCGACGCUUGCCGAAAUCAUUGAGAAGAAAUUGAAAAAGUCUAGUGAAAAAGCGGCACCAACACCGCCCACAGUAAAGGUGGAGACACUACAUACAACAAAAGCCGCGACAACAAUAGUCGUUACAGCAACAACGACCAAUGCUAACGAUGCGGAUUCGCCGCUUGCCACAUUUUCGCCACCUAAAAAGUCGCCAAUCACCAAACCGUUAAAAAAGAAUUUACUCACACAACUACGACAGGAGGAGAGUGAUGAGGACUCCAUACCGCGCAAGCGGACCAUUAGCGAUGCAGGGGCAACUGCAGCCGCCAUAGAAACGGCGGCAAACAAGUUGGAAACACAUAGCAGUGAGGAUAAAGAUCCGACACCAGAACGUAAGACGCUGGAACGCAAGACGCCCGAACGGAAGACACCUGAACGCAAAGUAAACGAAUCCCUAUUCGCCGAACGGGCAAGCGUGCCACGUAAAACGCCAGAUCGUAAGACACCGGAGCGUCAACGUAAGCGCCGCAGUAGCGAGGAAGUGAAGGUGACCGGAGCGAAAGAGUCGGAGAGUAACAAGGAAAUGAAAUAUGAAACGUUGGUGGAGCAUGAAACUAAAACCACGGAGGUCGUGGUGAAGAAAGAAAAAAGUCCUUCACCUGUUGCAGAGGUUACCACUUUUGGGCGUCGCUCAAGUAGACGCAGCGCUGCGACGGUCAUUUAUGCCGAGUUACCGCAACCGAAACGUACUCGAGGUGGUGCGAAGGCAACAACUCCUGUCGCAACACCCAAAAAGACGAACAUAAAAGAAGAUAAGAAAAGUGAGUCAAAAGAGACGGUCAAGGCUGUGGCGGAGCCUGUUACCGCGGAGGAUGCCAAAAAGGAUACUGCUAUGGAAAAUAUAAUCACGGAAACAAUUACAACAACAACUUCGAAGGAGACAGCUAAGAAAGCAGCUGCUAGCACACCAACAGCCAAGGAAAGUAGUAAGGAAUCUAAAGCAAAAGCUAAGCCAAAGCCGAAAGCUUCAAAAGCUACAAAGAAGGAUGCUAAAAAGGAGACAGCAAACAGUGUUCAUGAAGAGCCGAAGUCCAAGCCGGAAAAGAAACUCGCUACAACUAAUGCAUCAAGUGUGAAGAACGCCAGCACGCCUGCAACUUCAACUACAGCCACGCUGGAAAAAGCAGAGAAAACGCCGUUAGUAAAGUCCACACCCACCCCUUCACCUACCAAAAUUACAACGCCAGAAAAGAACGCGACUGAAAGCACGCCGGCCGGUGCUCGUGGACGUGGGCCACGCAAGCAACGUGAAGUGGAUGCCACUAAUAUUAUUGAUACUAUCGAUUCCGAAACGCCGGUGCGUCAAUCGCGGCGCAUUGCACAGCAGAAAAUACGUGAGGAGGCUGAACGGCGCAAACUCGAAGAGAUAGCGCUACGUACCAUGAAGCAGGAACUGAAGAAGAAGAAAAAGGCUGAAAAACAGACAGAUCCGACUGUGGUAGAACCCUCGGAACCAUCCUCGUCCGAAGAAAGCGAGGUGGAGUUGAAGAAAAAAGCGAAAAAGAAAUGCCCCGGCAAAGAUGGUUGGUCAUCGGGUUCGGAGGAACAAGAAGAACCGGAGGAAGAAGAUGAACCCCCACAGUAUAGCGAUCCAGGUUCACCGCUCUUCCGUUCAGAUCACGAAUUCUCACCGGAAUCCGAUUUGGAAGACGAAACGCAAGUGGUACCCAUGAAACGUGCGCGUACCGCGCGCAAAGAGGACGCCGAGGAGGGUGAAGAUGGCGAUGAGGAAGCUUGUCAAAAAUGCGGUAAAUCUGAUCAUCCCGAGUGGAUACUACUGUGCGAUAACUGUGACAAGGGUUAUCAUUGUUCUUGUCUAUCGCCUGUGCUAUUCUACAUACCCGAAGGCGAUUGGUAUUGUCCGCCUUGCCAGCAAGAGCAGCUGAUUGCGGCCUUGGAGAAACAGCUGAAUGAUUUCGAUGAAUUUGUUGAGCUGAAGCGUUUGCAGGAGGUGGAAAAUAAACGGCUGGCCGCCGAAGCAGAACGCGCCGAGCAGGAGCGUCUUGAGAAUGAGAAACAGCAGCAGAAGGAACUAAAAGAGCGUAAAAAGCAGAAGAAGAAGAGUAAACGACGUGGUGAAAACGGUAAGGAAGGUGAGGAUGACGAAGACGAAAGUGGCAGCAGUGGCAGUUCGGAUGACGGUAAAAGCGAUGAGCGCAACAAAAAACGCAGCGCUAGUGAUGAUGAUAGCGAUGAUGAUAAACCGUUGGUGAAGAAAGGCACCAGCAGUCGUAAAUCACGCACCGAAAACUAUCGUGAUAGUCACAAGCGACGACGUGGUGAUGGGCGAAGUCGUCGGCGCGCAGCCGCACGCGGUAUCGCCAGCCGACGUCGUCAACGGAAUGACUCGGAUAGUGGCACCGGCAGUGGCUCACAUAGGUCGGGCAGCGAUAGUGGUGGUUCGCGUAGCGGUACGGGUUCUUCCUCAUCAUCCUCGUUAACUGACAGUGAUGACGAGCCGAUUUACAAGUUGCGCAAGCGACGACAAAUCAAUGUCAGUUAUCGGUUGAACGAAUACGAUGAUCUUAUCAACUCGGCGUUAAAGAAAGAAAUGGAUGAGUUGGCGGGUGCUGGUAAUUUGGGACGCGGCAAAGACAUUUCCACCAUAAUGGAGGCGGAUAAAGAGGAAAAGGCACGUCAGCGACAAUUGGAAAAGGACGAAACCACGGUUAAAGAUGAGAAAGACGCGAUAAAAACAGAAGAGCAGGACACAGAAAAUGAAAAUGAGAAAGAUAAGGAAAAAGAAACAAAAGAGGAUGGCAAAACGAAGUCAGACGACGGCGAUGACUCAGAUGAAGUGCUGAAACGUAAGGCGAAGCCGAAGGGUUCUAUCAAAAAGAAGCCACGCAAAUUGACUACCUUGGAUAUUAGCUCCGAGGAGGACAAUGCAUCUGAUGAAGAUUUUAAAACCUCUUCAUUUGACGAUGAUGAAGAAGAAGAUACUUCCAUUUCCGUUUCGACCGAUAGUGAUUCGAGCUUAGAGGUAUUUCGACGACGUGGCAAGAAAAAUAAAAAGCAACGUAAAGCCGCGAGACGUGCAAUUCGUGAGCGUCGCAAAGAUCGACGCUUCGUGGUAGACGAGAGUGAUGAUGACGAAGAGGAGGAAGAUCGGCCGAAGUCGAAAAAGAAGAAAAGCGAUGAUUGGGACUGCUCUGAGUCGGAGACGGACUCGGAGGCUUCCGAAAAUCUCGAAGAUGUUGAUAGCGCUGACUUGUGCGACGAUACGACGAGCGAAUCUGACGGCGCCUGGUAUCCGUCGAAACGUAAGAAGCAACGUAAAGGCAACAGCUCAAAUGUCGCACGCAAGUCACCGAAACUUAAGAAGCAACCGGUCAAGAAAGUCAAGCGCGUUGAGUACUCAGACGAUGAUAUUAGCGAAAGUGAAGAGGAAGAAGAGGAAGAUGAUGAUGACAUUACCGGUGGUAAGGGUUCAGGUAAACAGCCGCGUUCGCAACCACUCAAAUCCAGCAACUCUUCGAAGGGCAAAGGCAAGGGUAAAGGUAAAGGCAAGACCACAGCAUCGAAGAAGAAGAAGAAACAAUCUGAAAAUGAGGACAGCUUUUCGGAUAGUGAGGACAGCACGCGACGCACACGUGGACGUCGCUAUGCAUACUUGGAGGACUUCGACGAUGAGAGCUCUGACGGUGGCAUAAAACCAGGCGUGAAACGACCAGAUACACCGCCUGAAGAGCGUCAGAAAUUCAUACAACGUCAAGAGGAAAUCAAACGUAUGUUGGCCGAAAAGAAUGCUGAGGGCGCAAAACUGGCCGCCACACCGCGGCUCACGCCGAUCAAAGCGGAUGGCGAAAAAGACAAACGUUCACCGGCCAAGCUGAGUGAUUCGUUGUCGACAGUGCCAUUGUCAGUGAUACGUCAAGCCAAGGCAUUGGAUGCGGAAUAUCUGCAGCGGAAGGGCGAAAGUGUCGGCGAUUCGGAUAAUGUCGAUGAGGUGGAUGAGUUCGACGAUGCCGAUUUGCCGGACGAUUUCCCCGAAGACAUGGAUGAGGAUACCAUAGCACGUAUGGUGGAAGAAGAGGAGGAAUUGAGCGCAGCUGCUGCAGCACGUGACCUACCGCCAGCCGACGAAGUGUUGCGCACACCGACGAAGCAAACGAACAAAUCCAAAGAAACGCCAGCUGUAUCAACCGCGCCGCCAGCUGUUGCGCCAACACCACCUGCCAAUCUACCUAGCAAUACUUCCAGUGUCGUUGUAACCAACACACCUGGCGGUCUGGAGAAGACCUCACUGAUAAAUCCAGCGCUCGCCGCGCUUGCACAAAUGCCAGGCGCCAGCUCAGCUGCUGGAGCGCAUCAUAUGUCGUCGUCCCCUUUGGCGUCCGGCUUACAGGAACCAAUGCGCAAACGCCUACCGAUGCCCACGUUGCAUCCACCACUGCUACGUCAUCAAUUUCCACCACAUGGUACGAACAUGCCACUCGCACAUCUGCUACAGCGUCAUCCAUCGGCGCAACCACCCACACAUCUGCUACAGAGCGCACUGAACGCGCCGCUUGGUCAACCACUCAACCGCAGCAGUUUUCCGCCUCAGCAUUUACCGCGUCUACCGGCGGGCAUGACGGUGGAACAGAUGUUGGCCGCCCAGCACCUUAUGUCUGCUGCAGCGGCGCGCCACAAUCUCCCGCCCACAACGCAACCAUUGCCGGGCGCGUCUGCUACACGUGAAGCAUUGCUUGCGACAAGCGGCAGCGCUGGUAGUGGUCCACCCGCUGGCGGCGCGAGUGCCAGUAGUGUGCCGCCGUCUGCGCCCACAGCCGGUGUCAAUAAGGCCGAAACGGAACCUAAGCCGCGCGGUAGACGGAAAAAGAUUACACCGCUGCGUGAUACAUUGCAAAAACAACAAACCGCUGCUGCUGUUACCGCAGCAACAACACAAUCGGAUAAAGCAAGUGAAUCGCCCGCAAGUAAUGGUGCCGGCGGCAGCGUCAUAAAGUCAGCACUGUCUGCCUCAGCUAAUGCGCCGCCGCCACAGCUGUACAAGCAACAAGAAGGCCCCAACGUCAGCGGUGCCCCUACAGUUUCACAAGCAUCCGUAAUUACGCGUAUGCCGCAACUACCUGCAGCCGCCGCGCAUGCAAGCGUCGUGCGCGCCAUGAGCAAUUUAUAUCCCGGCGCUGAUGUUGCCCGCUUCUUUGCGCCGCCAACCUCGCUGGCGGCCGUGACUGGCGCUCGGCCACCGCCUUCCAUGUCACGGCAUCGUGAUGGUCCCGGUAUGCCGGGUCUGCCGCCACAUGGUAUGCGUCAAAGCUAUGGCCCACCGCCGCCAUUGCGUGGCAGCGUCUCGUCCUUGGCAAAUCAUGGUCCGCCGCCGCAGGGUAGUGCUGGCGAACGGCCGACUUAUCCAGCGCCGGGUGAUCAUCAUGUGCCGGGCGGCAUGGGCGCCAGCAUGUAUGGCGGUCCGCCACCGCCAGCGCGUCAUUCUACGUCACAUUUAAAUCCAUAUCGGCCUCCCAUAUACGGUAAUCCAAGCUUUGUGCCACGUGGACCGCAUGUGCCGAAUCUACGUGUUCCAGUAAGUGGCGCACCGGAGUUUGCUAGUGGCCCACGCGCUUAUUCACCAUAUGGAUACUAUCCACCACCUCCACCACUAACCACACCACAUGGACCACCCAUGCAACGACCGCCUACAUCUACGCCUGCGCCUACAUCACGCGGCGGCGGCGGCCCGCCACCAACAACAGCGGCAACAAUUUCAGCGCCACCCGUACCGCCAACAAUAGUAUCCGCAGCAUCUGCAAUCACAACAACACCAAUAGCUACCACAAAACCAAGCGUGCCAGCAAGCGCAAUCACAACAACUAUAGCGAAGCCAAGCUCAGUCAUCGUAGCAGCGCCACCAUCGAGCGCUAGCGCCAAUUUAAACAAAAGUAAUAUUGUACAAAAGUCACCAUCAAGACCAACACCAACCAUAAUACAAGCGCCAACAUCAACACCCAUACAACCAACAACAACAACACCACAAACUACAACACCCGUGGCAAUACCAACGCGUGCAAUAGUGACUGAAGCCGCUGUAAGCGCACCCAUCGCCACCAUAGUCAACAGCAAAGGGCCAAUUGUAACGGCAACGGUAACAGCAGCAGCAGCACCAGCCGUUGUCAGUGAACCACAAGCGCCGCCACGCAAGAAACUCACCACACUGGAAACCUACGCGGUGGCACACACCAAAUCACCACUUGUCAUAGCGGGUGAGUCGUCGGGUUCACGCAGCUCACCGGGCGGCAUACAAGCCGAAGCGGCUGAUGACUCCUCAUCAGCGCAGGGUACAACCACAGCGGCAGUUGUAGCCGACAGCGGUGAGGGGCAAGCGAGCGAAUUUAGCGGGCUUGUCAGCUACUUUAGCUCACAGCACGACGACUACAACACAUAACAACACACGCGCACGAACAUUGUUAACGCGUUGUUGCGCGGCUUUUAGAUGCAAUAGGAAGAGCAUACGAGUAGUGGUCGGCAAGCACACACAAGCGCGCGCAUGUGUGUAGUUGUAGAUAAUUAUAUGCGCGUGGCUGCGCGCCCGUUAGCAAAUAUUAAUAUUUUCUGUAUUCGAAUAUGUGUAUGUGUAUGUGUUAGGUGUAGUUGAUUUAUUUAAAUAUUUUUUUUAGCAUCUUUUGUGCAACAUUCAACGCAAUGUGGGCGUAACGCAGGCACGUUUAGGCAAUCAGGCAGCAAGCGGGCGGUUAAAACUCCGCAAAGUCAAAGUUAUAGGGGCGUGGUGCUUUAGUUGAAGUCUAGUGUUGCAUACUUUUAGUAAAUACAUAUGUAUAUACACAGGCACGCUGCACGCGCUAAAUACUUGCUAAUUGUGUUUAUUAAAUGUUUAGGCCACUUAUUAGAAAUUUAAUAUUGAACAAAUAGCUCCUUGGUACAUCACUACAGUGAAAGAAAAACACAAAAAAAAAAACGCGAAAAAAAUAUUUUCCAAAAAAAAAAUAUUUUUAAAAGAA